GCGGUCUCGGUAUUGGAAAUUCACCGUAAUCCUCAUGCCGCACGUAGAUCUUUUACACAACCACGUGCUUUCAAUACCGGCCAUACGCGUCUGCUGCUUCAGUCCGAUAAAGCGGUGACAAGAAGCACCCGAGAAUAGCAAAAAAGGAGAAUCUAAAAAUAAAAGGACCAAGUCAUCCCUGCAUUUGUAUUGCCGUCAUCCGAGUCGCAAACACUGUUGACUUGUCCAACACUUACUUAAUCGGACCUACGUCUCGUUUCGAACAGACAAGGCGUUGGCGAUGUGGGUUGGCCACAACGCAAGUGUAAAACGUCAAGAAAACAACCAGCCUCGGCCACCGCCACAAUAUACAUGCAGUUUGCCCAAACGUUUGAGCACCCCACCAUCCCAGUCUCUCACGGUCUCAUUCGAUGCUUCACCUCAUCUCGUGCGAUUCGAAACCAAGCCCAUACCCCAAUGUCCGGUAUCCGUAAAAAAAUGGCGGAUUUCUUGUGCUGGCGCUCUUAUGUAAGUCGGACAAGUUGGUAGGCACCUACUCAUUUAACUUGGGGCGACGCCCAAAUCUCCAACAUGCAGCGGCGAGGUUGUCCGAUAUCAAGGAGCUUUUACAAGGCAACAUCCAAAGAAACAUGUCAUCUUUCCAGAUAUCCAAGACGCCGAGCAGCAUUCUCAUCUUCGGAGCAACGGGGAAGAUAGGCCUCCACCUGACGGAGUGGAUCCUCAAAGCAAGCCCGCGCUUCUCUAGAGUCUCCAUCUUCACGUCCCCCAGCACUGUAGCCGCCAAGGCCGAGCUCUUGUCCAAGUGGGAAACCGCGGGCGCGUCCAUCAUCAUCGGAGACCUGACAAACCCGCAAGACAUAGCGGAUGCCUACAGAGGCGUCGACACGGUCGUGUCGGCCGUCGGCCGCAACGUAAUCCAGAAGCAGAUCCAGUUGAUACGGCUGGCUGAAGAGAGCAGCAGCGUCCAGUGGUUCUUUCCAUCAGAGUACGGGACCGACGUCGAACAUGGGCCCAAGAGCGCUAGUGAGAGGCCGCAUCAGGACAAACUGGCCGUGAGGAAAUUCAUCAGGGACGAGGUCAGGCGGCUACAUGUGGUAUACCUGGUCACUGGGCCGUUUUUUGACAUGUGGGCCAAGUUCCUCCACGACCAAAACAGAAAGGAGGUUCAAAUUAUUGGUGACGGAGAGGGCAAGAUUGGGUUCUGCACCAUGCCUGAUGUCGGCAAGUUCUUGGUCGCAGCCUUGCAAAACCCUCCAGCUUUGACGCCCAAAGCACUCAGGGUGCAAUCGUUUAUCACGACGCCGAACCGGGUUCUCGAAGAGUUUCAGAAGCAGACCCAGACAAAGUGGAAUGUUACUCCGGCACCACUGGUCGAGUUCCGCGCUAUGGAGGAGAAAAUGUGGGAGAGGAAAGAUCCCAUCGCCACGCCCAUGACUCUGCUGAGGAUUUGGGCAGAAGGUGGCACGCUUUAUGACAGAAACGACAACGAGCUGCUUGGGUUGGAAGCAAAGGAUCUGGAUUCAAUGGAAGUGGCAGUGGAAAGGGUUCUGACAGUACCUGUGAAGCUGUAGAAGAAGAAGAAGAAGAAGAAGAAAAGAACAAGGGGUUUAAGUGCCUCAAUCGGGUUAAGAUGGAUUUCCAUGAUUGAAGCUUGAGGAUUAGGAGUAGGGACGUGCUCAUGCAGGGGUUAGCCCGGAGUCAGAACUCCGUCGCAUGCAUGCUGUACAACCAUUCCCCGCGUUAUUGUUUCCGCUUUAGUCCAAGCGCUGCCGCCACGG